AGCUUAUUUCCUGUAGAAAUACCUGCAGGAAUUCUAUGAAAGAAAAAAUAUAUAUAUGCACGAAUUAUACCCUACAGGUCUAUUUAAAACACACACUUCCUGCAGGACUGUUGUGCAGGUCAGAGCUGAAAUUCUGCAGGACAUGGCGAGGGAAGAAACGUCUGAACCUCAAACACAGAAGUUGCGAGAGACUCCAGAAGACAUCAAACAAGAGGCCAUCAUUAACUCUCUGGCAUUCCAUCCUAAAGAAGAUAUCCUUGCUGCUGGAGACGUUGAUGGAGACAUAUAUUUAUACAGAUACUCUUGCAAUGACGGGGAGAACAAAGAGCUGUGGUCAUCUGGGCAUCACCUGAAGUCCUGCAGAAAAGUUGCCUUCACGAGUGAUGGAGAAAAAUUAUUUAGUGUGUCCAAAGACAAGGCUGUUCAUAUCAUGGAUGUAGUGGCUGGAAAACUUGUUAAGCGAAUUCCUAAAGCUCACAGCAAGCCUAUUAACGCCUUGCUGUUAGUUGAUGAGAAUGUGGUUGCUACUGGGGAUGAUGAGGGCACGUUGAAAGUGUGGGACAUGAGAAAAAGCACUUCAUUCAUGUCCCUGAAACAUCAUGAGGACUACAUCAGUGACAUAGUUGCUGAUCCAGCGAAGAGGACUUUACUUACGUCCAGUGGUGAUGGAACUAUGGGUGUGAUCAAUUUAAAAAAGAGAAGAUUUGAACUGCUUUCUGAAAUCCAGGAUGGAGAUCUCACUUCUGUGUCCAUUAUGAAGCAUGGUCGAAAAGUGGUGUGUGGCUCCAGCGAAGGGAUGCUCUACAUUUUCAACUGGAAUGGAUUUGGAGCAACUAGUGAUCGAUUUGCCCUCCAGGCAGAGACUGUGGACUGCAUCGUACCAAUUACAGACAGCAUAUUGUGUACUGGCUCUAUGGAUGGAGUCAUCAGAGCUGUCAAUAUCUUGCCCAAUCGGGUUGUUGGCAGUGUAGGGCAGCACAUCGGUGAACCCGUCGAGGAAAUUGCUUGCUCAUGGGACAAACGCUUUCUUGCCAGCUGCGCUCAUGACCAGCUCAUCAAGUUCUGGGACAUUUCAGGACUCUUUGCCAUGAGGGUCAACGAUUACCGACAGCAGAAGAAAAAAGAUGGCCGUCUCAAGGCACUUAGCAAUAAAGCAUUUGGUGGAGUAGGGGACUUUUUCUCUGGCCUGCUUGAUGUGAAUGAGCCGAACAGAACAGAAGACAGUGAUGAAGAGGAUGAUGGGGAGAGUGAAAGAGACUGAAAGACAUGUUUUAUGUGUUGAAGUUGCUAUUAAUUACAUUUGCCAUGCAUUUUUUUUUAAUUUGUAUUAUCUAUCCCAAACUACCAGUUACUCACUCUCUGCAAACUCAAAGCACAUUUCAGGGUGCAUCAUACAUUUAGUAUGUGCUUACAUUCAGUGGAUACAUUACUGAGUCAAGUAACUUUGAAUUUGUCUUGUAACUAUACACAUUGUCCAUUUUAUCAGGUACAUUGUGCACUGUACAAAUAUACAAUCACUGGCUGUAGCCUGUUUACUGUUUUACAUGUCCAUAAGUGGAAAGGGACGACCACUGAUCAUGUUAUUUCGGUAGUGGACUAUUUUCGCUAUAGCAAAACUGCUGGUACUUUGAAAUCCUGUGUGCACUUGUUGCUCAUUGUAAGCAUAGUUUUAGUGAUUGUAGCUGUUCUUGUUGUAAUUGUUCUCUACUGCGUAAUCACUGUCAGUUUAUGACCCCAGGAUUUUUCUUAGACUGUUCUCAACCAAGUAGUGAUGAUGAUGCUUAAAAAUCCCAUUAAUGCUGCUGUGCCUAAUACACUCUUGCUGUUACUUUCUAAUGCCGCCUUCACACUGCUUCUGACAAAUUACAGACAACAAACCGAAAAUUCAUUCAUUUGUGCGAUUAGACAGCAUAUGACCACAUGGGUGAAAUUAAUCUAUACUGUUAAUAAGUACUCUGUGGUGCGGUAAGCCCUAAAUCUAUUUACCAGGCUGGAGAAGUAUCCCUACUAUAGGGGAGUAAUGUGUCCAGCACAUGAAAACUUAAAAAUGAAUCAGCUGUCUGAUUUCUUUAGACACAGUCUAUUUCUGAACAGUGAUCACCAUGAGUUUAAAAAUACAAAAUAAAGAUAAAAAGGAAAUUUACUUUAAUGCUGUGGACUAAAGUUAAAAAUUGAAUCUGAGUAAAUGUUAUAACAAAUAACAGAAGAAGCCUCAAAACAGUUCAUCAUUGCCAAUAGGAUUUUUCUAGUUAUAAUUUGACACCUUCUUUAGUACGCCAUAAAUAUCUUUCACAAAAUCUUCUCUAGACUAUUGUUCUAUAAAGAUUAUGUUUGGUAAGGAGCCUGUUUAAUAAAAUUGGUGGUUAAAAACAGUCAGUCUGUUUAAAGGUGCCCAAGAUCUUGCUACUGUAUUUAAACGUGCUUUUCUCACACAAUGAAUAAAUGUCAUGCUUUGAUCAACUUCUUGGAUAA